AUGGACAAAAGCCGAGAGCCCUCUGAGCGGCCCCUUUCCCCAUUGUCUGACUCUGCCGCCGCUGUGAUGCUGGAGAGCCGCCCGGAGCGUCUGGUUGUGACUCCCUCGCUGGGCUAUCAUGACGCCUGGACGCAGUCAGUGCAGCUCAUGAUAAAGGAGACCGCAGACGCUUUCCAAGCAGUUCACAAGACGAUGGACGAUGCGGUUUUGACGUCGUGGCUUCUUGAUUUGCCACACGCGUCAGGGCAAAUGGCAAAGGGCCCAGAGGUGCCAGCCAGCUUCAUUCCUCAAACCACUACUCACCAUCACCAAGAGCGAGAGGAUAUCACAGGUGACCGACCUGCUCUCUCCAAGAGCCCCAAAUCAUCUACAGACAAGCCCCUUCCCUCAUGCCCCAAGACGCAGACCAUGAAUGUGCUGAAAAAGGAACUGAAAAAAGCCCUCCCGUCCCGUGCUUCGCAGCCGAGCAAGCCGGCAAGAUGGGCGGUGUCAAACGGCGUUGCUCAGUUCUUCUCUGGCACGCGCCUCAAGCGCGCGCAAGCCCAGGAGAUGCCGUCCUCGGACAAGACUGAGCAGACUCGAGCCAAGAUCCUCAAUAAGGGCCAGCAACAGGAGGCGCUGAAGGGGCGAGACUCUAGUGAUUCGUCUGAUAGUAACGGGUCGCAAGAGACAACAACAACAAGUUCCACCAGGAGUACCAAGAGCAACAUCAAAGCGGGAAAGCCUUCAGUAUUGCCCCUCGACGAAGCUGUAAUCCAUGCAGACUUUUCCAUGCCCAGCACGCCGACGCAACAAGCUGCUCUACAGCGACCGCGGAGCAACAGCGACAUGGUUAUUCCUACAACCAACGUUUGCGACUUGCAGCCCCCUCCCAAGAACCCGCAGAGAUUCGUCUUCACAAACACCAAGGCACGACUUCCGACUAUACCAGAGGUCGAGUCCGAAUCCGGCGACGAGCCCGAGGAGCCGGUUAGCCGGCCGAGCGUGGACCACAGCCUCCCAUCUCAAGACAGCGGCGACUUCAUCCAUGUCCCCGGCACGCAGCUGUCUGCCGCGAACGCUUCGUUCACGCACGGUCGCAUUGCCUGCCAGAUCGCAGAUCCACAUGUCCACUCGGACGAGGAGACGGACGACACGAUCGACAGCAGCGCCUACCAGAUAGCUAUCCAGGGCGUCUCAGGCGGGGACGGCUCGCAAACGGUCUCGUACGACGAUGAUGAGAACGACCUGGCUGAUGACAUGACAGCCUGGUUCUUGACCUUUGGCUUCGAGACGCACGGCGAACUCAUCCCGGACGGCACGGCCUCGCCGUUGAGCCUCUCCUCCCGCAGCGUCGUAUCUACAUCCCCAUCCACCGUCAACGGGGACGCGGAGGCGCCCGUCCCCGCCCGUCCCGAGGACGGCGACACGUUCACAGAGCCCAUUCGCUUCUUCCGAAGCCAUGCGCCGCCGAGGAAGUGGACGCCAGAGGAGGGCUCGCCCAAGCACUACACCUUGCGAGACGCCCAGGGGCAGCCGUUCAGGCUGAGGUCGGCCCCGCUGGUGGUAGGCGACGGCGAGAGAGACUGCGUGUCCGAGCAGGUAGCCGAGUCGGCCGACUUGAGCGUCAGUAUGAAGCAGGACAUUGCGGCGCUUUUGAGAUGGAUGGCCGCGGGCGGCGACUAA